UGACAGCUCUGGGGGAACGGUAUAUCAAAUCAAUCAGGUGUAUACUGCCUAUUGUAUCCAACAAUCAUAAAACAAAACUAUGAAUACAAUAGUACUAUUGCUGUCKGUGUCGAUAGCCGGUGUCCUAUCGACACCAUUGGCCAAAAUGUUUGACCCRUUUGGGCCAUUCAUGCAAGGUGAACUGUUGGCCAAUGGUACCGGCACCGGUAGUUUCAUACCACAGGCCCGUGCAAUCAAUUUUGAUUCAUUUCAUCAGCUAUUCAAGCAAACACUUGACGAAAGUACCGAUCAAUUGGACAAACUUUUCAGUACAUUUAAAACCACAUUUGGAAAGUCAUACAAAACGGUUGCCGAAGCCAACAAACGUAAGRGUAUAUUCCGCGAAAAUUUGUUGAAAGUAUUCCGUCAUAAUUCGGAUGCGGCCACUGGCCGAUCAUUGUGGACCCAACAAGUCAACCAGUUUGCCGAUAUGACACUGGACGAGAUAGUUCACGGAGUAGUCGGCCAGUUUCCGGCUCAUCCCUAUCCGCAACCGUCAGGCGCUGCUGUACUGAAUAUCAGUACCCGGGCUGACAAAAACGGCCAAAAGGACAGUUGGAUAUACGAUUGGCGUACCGUUCACGAUGUAACACCCGUCCAGAAUCAGGGAGGUUGCGGUUCGUGUGUCUACUUUGCUGCCGCUGCCCUAACCGAAACCUGUUGGGCCCGACACGGUCACGGACUGGUCGUACUGAGUACCCARCAGUUGAACGACUGCGCCCGCGACGAGKCMCGGGGUAAUCACGGGUGCGAACACGGCGGCGGUACUUUUGUACCGACGUUUGACUAUAUUAAGGCUCACGGACUGACAUCGAUGCAAAACUAUCCCUAUAUGGCUAAGGAUGGCCAGUGUGACCGUACAAAAGAGUCGCAAGUUGUAGCCCGUAUAUCCAGUUGGACACCAGUCAGGCCGGCCGGCAACGAGGAGGUGCUCCGAUUGACCAUCCAGGAUCAUGGACCGGCUGCCGUAGCCAUACACGUUUCGGACGGCUGGGCCCGAUAUAAGCAAGGUAUUUUUGACGAACCGUGCGCGGGUGGUCGCAAUCAUGCAGUGUUGGCCGUCGGUUACGGCUAUGAUGGGCCGUCCAAUAAGGACUACUGGAUUGUCAAAAACCAAUGGGGCGAAGGUUUCGGUGAGGGCGGCUAUAUUAGGAUGAGACGUAACAAUAAUAAUAUGUGCGAUAUUGCCGGCGAUGCCGUUUGGGUCGACUAAUAAUAUUAAUAGUAUAAAACCACCCUGUUUUCCCCCAUCCGUUCCCAAUCCCGAUCCCCUCUCCCCCGCCACUAAAAACCCACCCACCCAUCCAUUGAUUGAAAUAUUAUAAAUACAUACACACAUAGUGUUAACUAAUAUUAAGUCUAUAAAUGUAUUAUACAAUAGUAUAACUAAAAAUUAUUAUUUGUAUUUUAUUUGUUGUUGUAAAUUAAUAAAAUUAGAUUUAAUUUUUUUUUGAUUAAAUUAAUUAUUAAUAAAAUUU